CAGGAUGAAAACCUCCAUGAUGUCCUUCAGAUGCUGAUGGCACUUAUGUCAGAACAUCCUGCUUCUAUGGUCCCAGCCUUUGAUGUAAAGAAUGGAGUCAGGACGGUUUUUAAACUCUUGGCUUCCAAAAGUGAAACUAUUAGGCUGCAAGCUCUCAAGCUGCUGGGCUACUUCCUGUGUAGGAGCACUCACAAAAGGAAGCAUGAUGUAAUGGGUCCCCACAACUUGUACAUGCUGCUGUCUGAGAGGAUGAUGUUACACACCAACCACAUCACAUUAGCAACUUACAACGUCCUCUUUGAGAUAUUAACAGAGCAUAUAUCAAGUCAGCUACUGUAUACCAAGCAUUCAGAGCCAGAGUCUAAUUACAAAUUGGAAAAUCCUAUGAUCCUGAAGGUUGUAGCUACACUGAUUAGACAGUCCAAACCUUGUGAUGAGCUUACUGAAGUGAAAAAACUCUUCCUGUCUGACAUGACCAUAUUGUGUAACAAUAAUAAAGACAACCGGAGAACUAUACUCCAAAUGUCAGUGUGGCAGGAAUGGCUUGUUGCUAUGGCUUACAUCUAUCCCCAGAACUCUGAAGAACAGCGAAUAUCAGACAUGGUCUACUCUUUGUUUCGCAUGCUUCUUCACCAUGCCGUCAAAUUGGAGUAUGGUGGUUGGAGAGUAUGGGUUGACACCUUAGCAAUUGUACAUUCAAAGGUUGCUUUUGAAGACUUCAAAUCCCAGUUUUCACAGAUGUAUGAACAGUAUGAACAAAGAAAAACCGAUGACUUAACUGAUCCAGCCCUCCGAAGACAAAAACCAAUUAGCACUAUCUCUGGUGGUGACACUUGCCUCCGAACCUAUGUUCCAGUUUCUCCAAGAGUGGAACUCAAAGAAAUAGAAGAUUCAAAUAUAACUGGCAAUGUUUGUGUUACUUCUCAUCUGGAUGAAAAUAUCAGUGGAUAUAAAGUUACAGAUACGUAUGUAGAAGAUGUAACUUGUAGAAUUACCGGAAGUGUUUCAUUAAAUCCUGAAUUCUCUGAAGACGAUGUAAAGUGUAAGAGUAUAAGCAACAUUACAGAAGUUCACUGCCCAAACACAAAUGAAGUGAAUCCAAGUACUCGAGUGUAUCUUUCUCCAGAUAAACAAGAGAACAGUGACACUUUGCACGAGACACUAGAUGAAACUAGAGAAUAUGAACAUAUGAAAGUACAACCAGAAAUCGGCCCAAGUGAUACAAUAAUCAAAGGAAAAACCCCUCUUUCUUUAGAAAUUGAAAAUAAUACAUAUUCUCAUUCUGAAGAAGUAAACAAAGUAAAUAACCAGGAAAACGUGGAGACUAGAGUUAUUGAAAAUCACAUAAAUGGGACAGGACAUGAUCUAAGUACAAGUCCUUUAGCUUCACAGACACUUCAGAAUGUCCAGAGCUCUGAUAUUUCGAAUAAUAGUUUACAAAAAUUUAGUGAUGAAGAAGACAAUUAUCUUAAAACAAAAUCUAAAGGAUCUGAAGGUGCAGAAUUGAUUGAAACCAUAAGUUGUUGUCAAGACGAUGAAAUGAAAAAGACUACAGAAAGAGGAAAUACAAUUGCCGUACCUACUUCAUCUGAGUUUCAAAGAAAUCAACUAAAGAACUUUGAUAAAUCAAAUUCAGAAACUUGUACAGUUUCUCAGCUAAAUGAUAGACAGGAAGAGUCAUUAAGUAACAUUGCUGAUCAUUUAGAACUAUCAAGUGUACACAAUGGAACAAAAGGUACCAUGGAAGAAGAAUCACCUAAAUAUUAUAACAAACCAAACAAUAAUUCUGGUUUUUGUGAUGAAGAGAUAAUGAUGGAAAAAGAACAUAGUGAUAAAGGAAAUUUUUUAGAUGUUAUUAUAGAUAACAGCUCAACAAACAAUAUAACAUCUGACGUCACCCACUGUGAUGCUGAAAUGAAUGAAGAUAAACAUUUUAUCAAAAGUGUACAAGGUUCUCAAGAUGUUAUAACACAUCUAGAAAAACAUUCGAAAGAUGAACCAAUUUUGCAAGAUGUAUAUUCAGAAAACCAGACUGUUCCUCUUCAGGAAACUCCUCUGUACACAACAGCUUCUGUAAGCUUAGGUUCAGUGAUCGAGAUUCAAGAAGAUUCUGAAAUACAUUCAGAAAAAGAUUUAUCACAUCAAACAAUUUCCCAAGAUAAAGAAAGCAAAGAAAAAAUGAUUUUAUAUGACCAAGAAUCAAAAGUGAUAUCCUCAGAAGAAGAUUCAACACCUAAAAUAGUUUCCCAAGUUAAAGAAAGGAAAGACGAAGUGAUUUUAGGCAACCAAGAACCAAAAGUGGUAUCUUCAGAAAAAGAUUCAUCACAUGAAGCAGUUUUGCAAGAUAAAGAAAGUGAAGAAAAAGUUAUUUUAUAUGACCAAGAAUCAAAAGUGGUAUCCUCAGAAGAAUAUUCAACACACCAGAAAGUUUCUCAAGAUAAAGAAAGUGAAGAGACAGUGGUUAUAUAUGACCAAGAAUCAAAAGUGGUAUCCUCAGAAGAAAAUCUGACAAGCAAAUCAGUUAUUGAUAGAAUCUCUGAAAGAAAAAUUGGGUCUCUAGAGGAAACACUUGAGAACAAAGCAGUAUCUCUUGAAAUACCAGUAGCAGACAAAAUAACUUUAUUUCACAAACAAACUGAGAAUGGUUUAGAAAAAAAGUUGGCUUCUUCUGAACAUGAACCAGGGGACAAAACAACUUUUCCUGAAAAAACUGUUGAAGAUAACCAAUUACAUUUAGAGAAAGAUUCUGAAGUUAAGCUUGUAUUUAAAGAGGAAGGUACAGAAGAUAAAAUAGUCUUUCUAGAGAAACAUCUGGAUGAUAAACCAGUUUAUCCAAAAACAGAUUCAGAAGAUAAAUCAGUUUCUUCAGAAAAACAUCUGGAUGAUAAACCAGUUUAUCCAAAAACAGAUUCAGAAGAUAAAUCAGUUUCUUCAGAAAAACAUCUGGAUGAUAAACCAGUUUAUCCAAAAACAGAUUCAGAAGACAAAUCAGUUUCUUCUGGAAAACAUCUGGAUGAUAAACCAGUUUAUCCAAAAACAGAUUCAGAAGACAAGUCAGUUUCUUUGAAGGAAGAUGUAAAAGGUUAUCCAGUUUCUCUGGAAAUAGCUUCAGGAAACAGUCCAGAUUUUCCAGAAGAAGGUUCAGAGGACAAACCUGUAUCACCAGGAAAAGAUUCAGAAGAUAGAGAUGUUUCUGCAGAGUAUGACUCGGAGAUUAAAUCAAUGUCUCAAAAGAAAGAUGAAAAACCACAUUUAGAAAUGUAUUCAAAAAACAACAAAGAAGAUACCUCAAUUUCUUUUGAGAAACAAAAUGAGGAGAACAUGCUCAAGGCUCAAGAAAGUCAAGAAGUUUCUUUAGGAGGAAAACCACUUUCUCAUGUGAUUGAAUCAAGCAACCAACCAAUUACAUCAGAAAUAGCACUAGAAUACAAAUCUGUGUCUGAAGAAAAAUACAUAGAACACAUACAAGUGUCUCCAAAGAAUUAUCCACAACAAAAAGUAGCACUUCAAAAUGAAAAUAUAGAAGAAAUAUCAGAUACUAAGACAAAAAUCUCAGAGAAAAAUUUAAAACACAAACCAGUUUUAAUAAAGAAAGAUUCAGAAAUUGAAGGAUUAUCUUAUGAGAAAGAAUCCAAAAAUAGACCAAUUCCUCCAGAUCAUGAUGUAAAAGAGGAAGCACUUUCUGAAGUUAAAGAUUCAGUAGAGAAAUCAUUUUUUGAAGAAAAAGAUUCAAAAGAUGCACUAUUAUUUCCACAAGGUCCAAAAUAUAAAUCAGUUUGUGAAGAAAUGGAUGCAGAAGAUGCAUUGAAAGAUACUGCAGAGAACUCAGUUUCCGAAGGAAAAGAUUCAGAAGAUGUACUAUUCCUUCCACAAGAUCCAAAAUACAAAUCAUUUUCAGAAGAAAAAUUUGCAUGUAAAGAAGAAGAUUCGUUGCUUCUUUCACAGAAAGCUCAAAGCAAUAAAGAAGUUCUUGGAGAAAGAGAUGCAAAAAGUGUACCAUUAAGCCAAGGCAAAGAUGUAGAAGUUGCAUUUCCACCAGAUAAAAGUCCAAUUUAUGAAAAAAAGUGUGAAGAACAUGUCUCUUCAGAGGAAAAUGUGGAUCCAGAUGCAUUAGAGAAAUUACUGGUAGACAAACCACUCUUACUAAAAAAUAACCCAGAAAAUAAACUGCUUUCAGAUGAUGAAAAGCCAGAAGAUGGUAUAAUAAGAAAUGAAAGAUGCCCAUAUGAACAUACCAAUCAAGAAAUGAAAGAUGAUUAUUCAACAAUCAGUAGAAAGUUCAACUCACUAGAGGCUCCAUCUGAUGAGCACAUUAAUGAAUUAGAGCUUAUUUCGGAUGUUAAAGUCGUGGAAAAUAACAAGUUAAAUGAAGCUCAAACAGUGGUGAAAGAAGAAGACCAGGACAAUCUAACUUGUUUCUUUAAUGGUGAAAUUACCCAUGAAGCAUUAGACAAGCAGCACAGGUUAAUUGAGGAAAACACAUCAGAGACUAAAGGUGUGAGUGAUAAUGUAGAUGAUCCAGAUAUUCUGAACAACCCAGAAGGCUCCAAGUCUGAAGAUACAGUAAGCACUAUUGAAGGGCAAUUAAAAAAGGAGGGAAUACAACUUGCAGAUUCAAGUUCAAAGGUUGGCCAUGUUUCUCAUAAUAAAAAUGUAGUUUUAAGUGAAACGGGACCUGAGACAGCAGUAGCCCAGGUGGUUGAUAAUCAACAACAAGAUGUAAAACAGCCAGAGACACUGUUAUCAGAUAGUGACAUUCAGACCAUACACAUACCAACUGAGCCUGAUAUUGGUAUAACUCGUCGACCUAGGAGUGCUUCUGCUACUCGCAAGCCUAACUUUCAUCAAGAUGUACAGAGGCCCAAGUCUGCAAGUAUUUCCCACACCAGGGAACGAAGCAGCUCAGGUAGCUCAGGAAGACAGAUUUUUAAUGAUGGACCCUCUAGACCACCAUUUCGUAUUCCAGAAUUCCGUUGGUCAUCAAUUCAUCAGAGGCUUUUAUCUGAUUUAUUGUUUUCUUUAGAGACAGACAUCCAAGUUUGGAGAAG